AUGACACCCCCAGAAAGAGUGCAUUUUAUGAGAUCACACCGUCAUAUUUCAGAACCUGCGAAGCUACUCACAAAACAACUCGGUUCAGCUGAUAUACCUACUCAUAAAAAUAUAAGUAUUUUGGAGGUACAAUCUGGAGGAAUGGAGAAAAUUGGUUUUACCAAAAAAGAUAUUUACAAUUUCGAAUAUUAUGAGAGUGACCUAAUGAAGAACCAUGAUGUUGAACUGGUGACUGAGUAUUUUUUAGCUGAACAGAAAAACAAUAGAUCAUUUUAUUUCAAGAUUGAGGGAGAUUCCAAUGACAGGCUUACUCGAUGUUUUUGGGCAGAUGCAACUUCUAGACGAGCGUAUGGGUUUUAUGGAGAUGUUGUCGUGCUCGAUACCACAUUCAACACGAACCGAUAUGGCUUGCCAUUUGCACCAAUGUUGGGGGUUAAUAACCAUGGUCAGACAAUUGUUUUAGCUUGUGCAUUUUUAAGUAAGGAAACGACUGAGUCAUUUAUUUGGAUGUUUGAGGAGUUUAAGAAAGCCAUACCAAGUGGUGGGCCAAAAAUGAUCAUUACAGAUCAAGAUGCAGCUAUGGCUAGAGCGAUUUUUGAAGUAUUCCCCACUACAUUUCAUCGACUUUGUAUAUGGCACAUCACAACCAAGUUCUCUGAUAAACUACCACGGGCUGCUUAUGAGGAAUAUUGGAAAGAGUUUAAGGAAACCAUCUGGGAGAUUGACAAUAUAGAUGAAUUUGAAGAAAAGUGGCAUGCAAUCGUUACAAAAUCUGGUUUGACUGACCAUUUAUGGCUGAGUUCAGUUUUUGAUUUGCGAAAAUCAUGGGUUCCAGCCUAUGUAAAACAUCUUUUUUCCGCUGGAAUGUCAAGCAGUCAAAGAGCAGAAGGCUCUCAUGCAUUUUUCAAGCAAUAUAUAUCAAGGAGAAAUUCCAGAAAUUCAUUAAUAGAUUUCAUAACACGAUUUCAAAUGGCAUUUUCCCAUCAACGUCAAAAAUGA